CCGUCAAAUAACAUGAUGGGUCGAGAAUCAUUUUGGAAGAAACUUGAAGUUGCCUCCACCCAAUCCACCUCUUUUUCACCGGUCGUCGGAGUUUGGCUUGAUAAGGUUGCGUAAGUGGUCGGAAUCGUGUGACGCCGGAAUCCUACAUGCGCCGGUGGCGACACUGACAAGCCCAAUCCGGCAGACCCUGCUGGUCCGAUGAGCGCCAUCAGUCGACUGCUUUUUACUUGAGGUGAAUCUUUUAACUAGACUGUUCUUAUUUUUAAUAGGCCCAUUUUUCUGCAUUUUACUUGGUUGUCGAAAAGCUCUGUUGAAAUUUCUAAUCAGGCGCCACGUGGAAACCUGAACGCCUCAAUUCCAUGUCAUCCCACCAAUCAGAAUUCAGUGAAUCUGUCAUACAACCUUAAAAUUGUGGGUUGUCUUGUUUUUCCCUGAUUGAGCCAUUAUAUAUCUGGUGGGCUCGGUCAAACAAGGUCCAAACUUCAAAAUUAGAAACAGAAUUUGGGCACUGACUACCAAGUUGAAGAAGGGAUGGAUUUGAUGGGGUGGAUUGGAAGUUCAGUAGAAUCAUUGAAAUCUAUUCGAAUUAGGAAGGCCCUCAAUGAAGCUAUCAGCAUUGGUUGGUUCUCUGUCUUUCUUUUUUAUCAAUUGUACUGUGAUCUUUCUCUCACAAGUUACAAUGCUAAAAUGAAUGGGAAUGCGUAAAUUUAUUUUACAAAAAGAGAUCUUUUUUGAUGAGAAAUUUCUUGAUUAUUAGUGAUGGUAAUGAUUUAUAUGUACUGCUUCCUUUUGGUUUCAGGUGUGUUAGUUAGUACUGCGCUUAUAUUAUGGAAGACUCUCAUGGUCAUAACUGGUACUGAAUCUCCUAUGGUGGUGGUUGUUUCCGGAAGCAUGGAACCUGGUUUUAAAAGGGGAGACAUUUUGUUCUUGCACAUGACCGAAAAGCCUGUCAGAGCUGGAGAGAUCGUUGUGUUUAAAAUUGAUGAUCGGCCAGUUCCAAUUGUGCAUCGUGUAAUCAAGGUUCAUGAACGGAAAGAUACAAAAGAAGUGUUCUUCUUGACAAAAGGUGAUAAUAAUAAGAUGAAUGACAUAGCCUUGUAUGCUCCUGGGCAAGAUUGGCUUGAGCAACGCCAUAUCAUGGGAAGAGCUGUGGGGGUCUUAAGAUACAUUGGUUGGAUGACCAUUAUUCUGACAGAACAGCCAAUUGUCAAGUAUGCUAUCAUAGGUGCAGUAGGGUUAAUGGUGAUCAUUGUAUCAAAAGACUGAAGAAAAGCGGACGCGUUGGGGCAAAAUUUGAUAACCAAUAUCCCUUUCAUUUAUGUAAAGCAGACUUGUUUGAGCUGCAUUCACUCACAAGCAGUAGAAGUACAAAUAGAUAUCAUUCUUACAGUGGGUAUUAUCUUUUUUCUUUUCUUUUCUUUGAUUAAGAAAAGAAUAAUGUGUCCACUCCGUUGUACCUAUCUAGCAAAGAAGAUGAUCGUGGCUCAUGAACAAAUCAAAUGCAGUAAAAAGAGACUAUUGGAUUCAUCUUAUUAUUGUUAGUUUAAGGCUUAGAGCCUGAGUUAACUCUUUCUUUGAUCUCCCUCCUUUUGUUGUUUUCCAUAUAUGAGGUUCGCGAAAUGUG